ACGCCGAGUACAGAACUCCCAUUUUGUAACUUCCCACCCACUUGUGGUGCGCGGGUGUGAAAUCAAACGGACCCUCGUCUGCACAGAGCGCUCGUAGUGUAGUCUGAAACAAAAGCUUGGAGCUGCAAUGGCGCAAAUAGACGGGACCGAUAGGUGAAUAAAACCCUUUUUAUCUGAUCAGCAUGGAUGUCUCAGAGGAGAAUGACUACUACUACCAUGAAAACAUCAGCCUCAACUUCAGCUACGAUGACUACCCAGUCCUCUGUGAAAAGGGUGACGUUCGUUCCUUCGCAGCCCUUUUCCUCCCCAUCAUGUAUACGAUGUGUCUGGUGGUGGGACUGGCAGGGAACGGCUUAGUCGUGGGGGUCUACGCCUACCACAAACGCCUCAAGACCAUGACGGAUGCUUUCCUGACCCACCUGGCUGUGGCUGACCUGCUCCUGCUCUUCACGCUGCCUUUCUGGGCUGCUGAUGCGACAAGGGGCUGGGAGCUGGGCGAGGCCAUCUGUAAGAUCGUGUCUGCCUGCUACACGGUCAACUUCACCUGCUGCAUGCUGCUGCUGGCCUGCAUCAGCCUGGAUCGUUACUUGGCGCUGGCCAGGGCGCAAGGUAAAGACCAAAGUCGGCGCUUGCAGAGGAUAUUCACCAGGAGACACUGCUGGAAGAUGUGUUUAGUUGUGUGGGCGACAGCUUUCGUCCUUGGUCUUCCCGAUUUAAUACUCUCAGAAGUGAGAUGGGCAUCUAAUAGGAGCAUCUGUCUACCUAUCUACCCUCCAUCAAUGGCUCAAGGGGGGAAAGCUGCUCUGGAGAUAGCAGAGGUGCUGCUGGGAUUCCUGCUUCCAUUCCUGGUUAUGGUGAUGUGUUACUGGAGCGUGGGCCGAGCACUAAAGGGCCUCCCUGUGGAGAGCAGAGGCAAGAAGUGGAAAGCUCUACGUGUCCUCCUAAUAGUAGUGGGGGUGUUUGUGGUCACUCAACUGCCUUAUAACGUGUUGAAGGUCUACCGGGCGAUGGACUCAGUCUACGCAUUAGUGACCCACUGUGGGACGAGUAAAGUGUUGGAUCAGGCGACUCAGGUGACGGAGAGCUUGGCCCUCACUCACUGCUGCCUCAACCCGAUCCUCUACGCCUUCGUGGGGUCAUCUUUCAGGCAGCACAUGAUGAAAGUGGCCAAGAAGUUUGGCGAGAAGAGAAGAAAGAGAAGGGAAAAUCCUGCAGGGGAAGAGAUGGAGAUGUCAUUUAACUCCCACAGUGCAUCCCAAGAGACGAACACAUUUUCAAUAUGAGUCAACACUAGUGUCACGGUGGAAGACACAUGAAUCAAAAUCACUUAUUUAGUAUAGAAGAAGAGCAGAUACAGCAGCAGUACAAGCAUGUGUGGAAAUCAAUACGAUGUACACAAAUUGCACGUCGUUUUAACACUUAAUUCCCUCCACAAUACAUCAAAAAGAGGAAGUUGUUAGUCAUAUUUUUCUGCUCCUGUUUGUUGAAAUGUCUUUGAGCUAGGCAUUCUUGUUUACUUUCAAAGUCAAAAGAAGUGUAUAUUUUUUCAGUUGUGAGUGAUGAAUGAAAAGGGGAUUUGGCUUUGUUUUGAGCGAUGUUUUUUAUAGUUGUAUACCCUGGUCCAGAGGAAACAAUAUUUCACUUCAACUGUAUUUAUUUUUUUUUACAAAGUUGGCAUUACAGUGAACUCUUUGGAAUUUGACUUUAAAGGAACACGCCGACUUUUUGGGACUAUAUUGGGACUAUAUUCUCAGACAGGUUGUUGCAAAGCAAAUCAUUCCGCCCAAGUACUAUAUUCUUCCGUCUGAGAAUAUAGU